UCUCCAGUCGCGGUUACCGGCUGUACGGUCAAGGAGCGACGAGCUCACUCUAUAGUUUUCGGUUUUACCAGGGGCGCAACACGAGCCACGAGCCCCGCCAUUUCCUCGUGCCGAGCCCUGGGAUGUCGAGCAGCGGCUCGGGCUCUUCCUCGCGGAAGGAAUUCGAUGUGAAGCAGAUCCUCAGGAUCCGAUGGAGGUGGUUCGGCCACCCCGCGGUCCCUCCGCCUCACUCCCCGCCUCUAGGUGACUACUUCGCCGGAAGAAGAGCGGGCGGCAGCUCCGGGGACGGACCGUCAGUUAGCGGCAGUAGCAACUCGAAUCCAGCGGGCGUAAACCCCAGCGCGGGGGGCCACAGCGGUCUGGUGGCCAGCGGCAGCGCCGGUUCGAACCUGUGUAACGCCAGCAACAGAAAGUUUGCUGAUCCGGCGGGGAGUCGCGUCGGUCCGGGAGGAGCAGCAGUGGGAGCGGCGGGGAGCUCCUGUCCUCGCUCCCUCAGCCAGCCGGAGUGUAGGAGCACCACCGCUGCGCUGUCGUGGGGCUCCCCGCCGACUCAUCGUCGCUCUCGCCCCGUGACGAGUAUGGAACCUCCCGGCGAGGCUGCGGUUCCCCAGCUUGUACCGGAGGCUCAUGCCGGAGGAGAAGAGGAGGAGGCGGCGGCAGUUGCCGCGGGGGGCACCGAGGAGAACAACGGCCAACACCCGGAAACAGACUCCAGCUCCUGCAGGACGUCGAACAGCAGCGCCACACUGUCCUCAUGCAUGUCAAUGGAGCCAUGUGCAUGUCCAGAGGACUGUAUGUUCACCGCCAUGUCCCAUGCUGACAUCACCUUCCGGAAGAUGGAGGGCUACCUGAGGAGCCGGCAGCUGUGUGAUGUCAUACUGGUGGCUGGAGACAGGCGGAUACCCGCACACAGACUCGUCCUCUCAUCUGUAUCCGACUACUUUGCGGCCAUGUUCACCAGUGAUGUGCUGGAGGCCAAGCAGGAUGAGGUGAAGAUGGAGGGAGUAGACCCUGAUGCGUUGUGGGUCCUGGUGCAGUAUGCAUACACAGGCCGUCUUGAGUUGAGGGAGGACACCAUCGAAUCUCUGCUGUCAGCCUCUUGCCUGCUGCAGUUGUCAUCUGUGGUUCAGGCCUGCUGCUCCUUCCUCAUGAAGCAGCUCCACCCCUCCAACUGUCUGGGCAUUCGCUCCUACGCUGACGCUCAGGGCUGUUACGACCUGCAGAGGGCUGCUCACUCCUACACCAUGGAUCACUUUUUAGAGGUGGUGGGAGGCCAGGAGUUCCUGCUGCUCCCAAUGGACGAGAUGGAGAGGCUGCUCACCUCUGAUGACAUCAACGUGCCAGAUGAGGAAACCGUGGUUACCUCUUUGCUAACGUGGGUCCGUCAUGACUCCACCACUCGUCAACCUCACCUACCUGUGCUGCUUGCUCACAUCCGACUGCCGCUGCUGCAGCCACAGUUCUUGGCAGACCUUGAGUCCAACCCUCUGCUGCGGGACAGUGUGGAGUGCCAGCGGCUGCUGAUGGAGGGGAUGAAGUAUCACCUCUUGCCGCAGCACCGACCACUGCUUCAGAGUCCUCGUACCCGACCUCGCAAAGCCACCGUAGGAGCCAUGUUCGCUGUGGGUGGCAUGGACGCCACAAAAGGUGCUACCAGCAUUGAGCAGUACUGUCUGCGUCGGGACACCUGGAGGCAGGUGGCCACCAUGAGUGGGCGGCGUCUACAGUUUGGCGUAGCUGUUCUUGACGGCCGUCUCUACGUUGUGGGCGGCCGGGAUGGACUUAAGACCCUUAACACUGUAGAGUGUUACAACCCACACAGCAAAACGUGGAGCGUCAUGCCUCCCAUGUCCACACACAGGCAUGGCUUAGGUGUAGCUGUCUUGGAAGGCCCCAUGUACGCAGUAGGAGGACAUGACGGCUGGAGCUACCUCAGCACAGUGGAAAGGUGGGAUCCCCAGGCUCGACAGUGGAGCUUUGUUGCAAGUAUGGCUACACCCAGAAGCACUGUGGGAGUAGCUGUACUCAAUGGCAAGUUGUAUGCGGUAGGAGGUCGUGAUGGCUCAUCGUGCCUGCGCUCAGUGGAGUGUUUCGACCCCCACACCAACAGAUGGAACAGUUGUGCUCCUAUGGCUAAAAGACGUGGAGGCGUGGGUGUGGCCACAUGGCACGGCUUCUUGUAUGCCAUUGGAGGUCACGAUGCUCCUGCCUCUUCCCUGGCGUCUCGGUUAAGCGACUGUGUAGAGAGGUACGACCCUCAGACAGACGUGUGGACAGCAGUCGCCCCCAUGAGCAUCAGCAGAGAUGCAGUUGGUGUUUGUCUCCUUGGCGACCGUCUCUAUGCUGUGGGCGGUUACGACGGUCAGGUGUACCUCAAUACUGUAGAAGCCUACGACCCUCAGACAAAUGAGUGGACACAGGUGGCACCUCUGUGUCUGGGCAGGGCGGGAGCGUGCGUGGUCGCCGUCAGACUGAAAACAUAAACACAAACAGUGGACGUUUCUGGGACUGAUCCUGAUGUGGCUCAAAGACCGUCCUCACUGACAUGGUCACUUAAACUUACUGAAACGUGUCUGCCCAUUGAAGAAAUAAAGACUCUGAUUAUUGGUUUUA